AUGUCGCGCGCCCUCGCGCGGUCCGCCACCGCCGCCGCCAGCUCCGCCCGCCUCCCGAUCACCGCCGUCCGCGCCGUGAGCUCGACCCCCGCCCUCCGCGAUGCGUCGUCCACCUUCGAGAGCCCCUUCAAGGGCGAGCCCAAGAACAAGGUGCCCGACUUCUCCAAGUACAUGGCCAAGGGAUCUUCCGGCUCGAAUGCGCUGUUUUCGUACUUCAUGGUCGGCUCGCUGGGUGCCAUCUCCGCCGCGGGAGCCAAGUCGACCAUCCAGGAGUUCCUCGUGAACAUGUCCGCUUCGGCUGAUGUCUUGGCCAUGGCCAAGGUCGAGGUCGACCUCAAUGCCAUCCCUGAGGGCAAGAAUGUCAUCAUCAAGUGGCGCGGCAAGCCCGUCUUCAUCCGCCACCGCACAGCUGCCGAGAUCGAGGAGGCCAACAGCGUCAACGUCGCUUCAUUAAGAGACCCCCAGGCUGACGCGGACCGCGUCAAGAAGCCCGAGUGGCUUGUCAUGUUGGGCGUCUGCACACACUUGGGCUGCGUCCCCAUCGGCGAGGCUGGCGACUUCGGCGGGUGGUUCUGCCCCUGCCACGGUUCCCACUACGACAUCUCGGGCCGCAUCAGGAAAGGACCCGCCCCGCUGAACCUCGAGAUCCCGACAUACGACAUCACCGACGACAACAAGCUGGUUGUCGGUUAAAGAACGGCCGAUGUUUUCCGACGAAGAGUACCUCGAGCCGAGACGGAUAAAGGAGGGUGGUGUAUUAGUACAGAACGGGGUUUGGGCGAAACAAAAGAGAGCGUUCGCAGGGGUUUCCGGUUGCAAGCGCCGCCUUUAUAGACCAUAAACCACGGAGCAAGACUGACUGCUGCUUGAGCUUGGGCACAUUUUCCUUUUC